AGAUGGUCAUCGGCCUGGAGCCUUGUGCUCAUAUGACCGCUCAACGCCAGCGGUGGAGGCAACCGAUGGUCGACGAGGGUCCUCCCUCCCCUACAUGUUACCCACCCUGGACUGGACUCGAGCACGGAGUCUGGCUUUUGGCCGCCAACCGUGUCCCAGUUGUGUUCGUUAAGAAAAUGAAGGGAGAGAGGUUCCAGACUGCAGCAAUUUUCGAGAAGUCAGAGAGUAAGUAGGAGGGACGGAGGGUAGAGUGAUCAGCUCAGCCGUGCCUACGUUCUAACUACAUGAGAGUCGGGUGUCAUGCAAUACUGUUUCAGGGGAUUAAUAAACAUGCCAACCCAGGCACGAACUGAGCUGGAUCGAUCGAUGGACAAGGUCUGUAAGCCGUACUGCAGCAGUACCAGCUCGCCCAUCUCAGAGUUACUCGAGACGUAGAAAAGUAUCAGAAUAUGGACUCUGCUGGAGGCCAAGGCUCUCGCUUGCAUUAUUAUGUUAAGUUUGUCGUCCUCGAGAUCUCAAGAUCAGAACGGAUUUUAGUAGCCUGGCGCUAGCUGCUAUCGUUCUCGUUGUACUACGACUACAA